GCUCUUCAAGUGAUCCUUUAAACAAUGUCAUCCAGCUGAGGAAACCCAUAGGACAUUUGAUCACACAAGUCCAGGAAUUAUUUGAAGGGAACGAAGCCGGAAAUUGACAGCACAACAUAUUUCUCCUAAAGUUUACUCUCCUUGGAAUAGCUAGGAGAUGAGCACCUCUCUGUCCUACCAGUCCAUGAGCAAAGAGCAGCAAACUAUGGAUAACUUGGAGAAGCAACUUAUUUGUCCAAUAUGUUUAGAAAUGUUUUCCAAACCCGUGGUAAUCCUUCCUUGUCAGCAUAACCUGUGCAGGAAGUGCGCCAGCGACAUAUUUCAGGCCUCCAAUCCAUAUUUACCAACAAGAGGAGGAAAUACUGUAGCAACGGGAGGUCGCUUCCGCUGUCCAUCCUGUAGGCAUGAAGUGGUACUCGAUCGACAUGGCGUAUAUGGAUUACAGAGAAAUCUGCUUGUUGAAAAUAUCAUUGAUAUUUAUAAGCAAGAAUCAACCAAAACUACAAGGCCCGAAAGAAAAUCUAACCAACCAAUGUGCGAAGAACACGAAGAAGAAAAAAUUAACAUUUACUGUCUGACUUGUGAGGUGCCAACAUGUUCCAUGUGUAAAGUAUUUGGAGCUCACAAAAAUUGUGAAGUAGCCCCUCUUUCUCACGUUUUCCAGGGUCAAAAGACGGAAUUAUCAGAUGGCAUUGCUAUACUGGUUGGAUGUAAUGAUCGGAUUCAAGCAGUGAUCAGUCAACUAGAAGAGACCUGUAAAGCUGUAGAGGAAAACAGUAGAAGACAGAAAGAACAGCUAAGUGAGAAAUUUGAUUACUUAUAUGCAGUUCUUGAAGAAAGGAAAGGUGAACUGACUCAAGUUAUCACAAGAAACCAAGAAGAGAAACUUGAAUAUGUUAAGUCGUUAAUGAAGAAGUAUGCAGAUCAUAUGGAAAUUGUCGCAAAGCUGGUAGAAUCAGGGAUUCAGUUCAUGGAUGAGCCUGAAAUGGCAAUGUUCCUUCAAAAUGCUAAAGGUUUACUACAAAAAAUUACAGAAGCAUCUAGAGGAUCCCAGAUGGAAAAAAUUGAGUCCGGGUAUGAAAAUAUGAACCACUUAACAGUGGACCUCAACCGAGAAGAGAAAAUAAUUCGAGAAAUUGAUUUUUAUAGGGAAGUUGAAGAGGAGGAAGAAGAAGUGGCAGUGGAUGAAGACUCAGAGGACGCUCAUACAGAGUCUUCAGGUGAAGAAGAUGUCUCAGAGAGAGUGACUCAAAAACCUACCCCUACCUCUGAGACCACAAUUACAACCACAAACCAAAAUGAAGAACAAAAUACACCUCGGGAAGCAGAAUGGCCAAUGCCUCAAGGUGGUGUUGAGCCAAGUGGUAUUCAACAGACUCCUAACGUUCAAGUGCUCUCAACUGCAGAAACCUCAGAUCACUUGUUUUAUCCUAGCUGGUAUAAGAACCAAGUGCGGCAACAAUCCAAACCAAACAAGCUCCCGCUGAAUGAUGCUGUGCGUCAAAUAGAUCCUUCCAUUCCUAAGGAAAUGACUGUAAAGAAAGUAGAGCCAGCGGCAGGACUCCUUAAGGAGAGUGUGGUAGUGGCUGGUAAGGAAACCAGUCCAUCUGCAGAUAAUCCUCAGGGCUUAGUUCUCAGCUUAUCAAUUCUGGUUUUAUUAAUGAUACUGCAUCAUCUCUGGAAUCAAAUACAGUACAUGAUAUUUACUCAUAUGGACUGGGUCUGAGACAUUGGUCCAAGAAGAUGCUCAAGGGACUACAGAAUCUAAUCAGUCUGACAACACAGACGCUUUACGUCAUGUAUUCUCUUUCUCCUGGCUUAAUACAUUACCUGAAUAGCCGCCUGACUGUGGGAAACCUUCAUUUGUCUGCAGCACCAGUAUGAACACUCACCUAAGUGUAAAGUCAGGGGAGCCUCCUUCUGUGAUCGAUUAUCCGUUAUCACAGCAGUACUCAUCAUCAGCACAUUUAAUUGUCCCUGCCUCUAUCUUCUUCCAUCCACAUCAUACUCAUGACAUAUCAGCCUUCCCAAUAUCUACCAAUUACGCCUCAGUGUACGACAGAAACCUAGUAGACUCAUCUUGGGGUCCAAACACUACUCUGAUAAUUCCACCCAUGCUUCCCUGUGCCACCCCCCCCCCCCCCCCCCCACUAUCAGCUGAGUAGUAUGUGUAUGUAUGUAUGUGCCAGUGUGUGUAAGGUGCUGUGUAACCCACUUGAAUCAGUUCUUUCUUCACUACUUGAAAUGACUAAAGUGACAUUAAAGUGUGCAGGUGCCUUGAGGGGUUAACUUCCAAGAAGUGCAGAGACCCCUUGGCGACUGCCAUUUCUUUUAGGGGAAAAAUGAACGCAACUAUGUCUUCAUUUAUGUGUUCUUGUUAAGUUUGAAGAGGCAGUUGUCUCAAGCAAUGAGAAAUGUCCUUGUCCAGCAUAUUAGGCAGGUUAUACUGGGAAUUGUAGUUCCACAAUACAGCGCAUGGUGCCUACAAGCAAUCUCUCCCCUUGAUAUAGCUAUUAGAAAACAGUAGUGCCGAGAGCUGAAUGGGUCUUUUGACCAGCACCUUAAUUAUUGAGUUAUUAUGAUGUAGUAGCUUUACUCAUAUGGAAAACCAGAGAUAACACAUUUACGUAUGUAUAUAUAAAUAUUAUUAUUAUUAUUAUUAGAGAUGAGCAAAUGUAUUGAAACUCAGUUAGGGUCUGAUUUGCCCAAACCGGUUGUCAGAUUUUAUUCAAGUCCUACUAAAUUUGACCCAUGAAAGUACCCUAAUUGCCCUGAAAAAUCAUGCAUGACACUCUGGGGUCCCCAAGGACUGUAUCCAACCCCUUUCAAGUCUGUUAAUCCGGAGACAGCAUUAGUAAUGUCAAAGGGACAGUGGCAUAUAUACGGUAUAUGUAGGAAUAUGGGUAAACAGAUGUUAACAUGCUUGUUUCAAUACACACUGCCUCAAUGAAUUUUAAAAAAAAUCAUCCAAAUCUGAAUUUUAGGGGAAUUUGGAACCAAUGUCAUUCAUUUACAAUCCUUGCAAAUCUGCAAUUCCUUGUAGUCAACUUUGCAUUAAGGUAACAGGGUUUGGAAAGCAAUGCAUGUGAAUAUUCUUUGCUCCUGACACCUUAUUACCUCCUUCAUGAGAAGGAAAUAGAUCGAGGGCAAGGACUAAGGAAUCACUCUGUGCAGUGGCUAUCACUUCUCUGGGAUUUUGUGUUGCUUUUCUUUUGGCCACCAUUAAAAAUGUCUUUGCUUUAUGAUCUCAUUCCUCUUAAUGCCGUCUACUAGAUCUACUGUAUGUUUCCAUUGCACAGAAGCUCGGUCAGGAGUCAGGACCACCUCUCUGUCUGCUUACUACAUACUUAUCCCCCAAUAAAUGAAGAUGGACAGAUGAAGCUUGGCAGAUUUUAUUAAAAAUAUAGAUAUUAAACAUUAUGUUUACACACCAAUGUUGUGCGAGCUCUGAAAAGAUGUUUUUUAUUGUGGAAAUGUAUACAAUAAACUUUUGAUGCAA